AUGUCUCGAGCCUCUCUUGUUUCAUCCCGUCCGAUCUCCAACCCCAGAGCGUUCUCCGCUGUAACUUUCCUACGGUCCGAUCGCCCUCCAACUUCGCACGAACUUGAUAUACAUCUGCAAGAACCAGCAGAACCACCAGCACAACCCGAAACCGAUGAGCCUGUAUCAUCGAAGAAUGUCCCUUGGUAUCUACAGGAAGAGGCGCCGCCGACCCACAAAGAGCGCUCGUUGGCCGAAGCCCACCUUCCCCAGCUCCCGGACGACUCACCAAAGAUGCUCAGAACCCUCUUGGAAUAUACCUAUAAAGACUUGGGCUUAGAUGAGCUUAAAUUAUUUGACUUACGCGGCCUCGAAAUCCCUGCAGCUCUCGGCGCUAAUGUCAUCAUGAUCAUCGGGACCGCUCGCAGCGUCAAGCAUCUGAACGUCUCUGCUGACCGCCUCUGUCGCUGGCUGAGAAGUCAAUACAAAUUAUCACCAUACGCGGAUGGCUUACUCGGGCGCAACGAGUUGAAAAUCAAGCUUCGUCGCAAAGCCAAGCGUGCGCGCGCCGCAAGUGCCGCAGGCGCAAUGAUUGACGAAAAGGACGACGGAAUCACCACGGGAUGGAUCUGCGUGAAUGCGGGUGUGGUGGACAAAGGUGCUUCUACGACACAGCUCAGCGAUGUGGGGAUUGAGGGCUUUGGUAACCUUGAGCUUGGGACCAACGUGGUAGUCCAGAUAUUCACGGAGGAGAAGAGAGCUGAUGUUGACCUUGAUGGCCUCUGGGAGACUACACUAGCCCGUGAAGGGCGGAAGAACGUCCGAGAGAAAACGGAAGAUCCCACCAAGGCUAAUGCUGGACCUCCUAGGUCUAUGUCGGAUGGAUUUGGCGCAGCUCCUAGCCCCCAAUGGCGUGACAUUCAUAGCCCGCGGUGA